UUGUAAUAUCAAUGAAGAUUAAACAUAGACACAGGAAAUACCCCCAUGACAUGUGAUUUGAAUUCUAAAUAUAGUAAAGGGUAUUUCCAAGUAGCAGUUAACAGGGACAAUACUUCCUUCCUGUCCUUUUGUCACAAUAUUGACCAAAAACAAUAAGCAGAUAGACUCAGGAUGGACAGAGAUGAUCAUAGACGUUACUUCAUAGUUGGUUCUGUUAUAAUGGAGAUUGUAACACCAGUCUUCAGACAGAGGUUAGAGAAAGACUACAAAAGUAAAAGGUUUGAAUGUCUACAGGAUUUCAUCAACAGUAAACCUGUCAUACACAUCCUGUUUCAUCUUCGCCAUAGGAAUAUAAAAUGUUGUGUGGACAGUACCAACUGUAGGAACCGAGGGACCCUACCAUUAAACUACAGCCAAUGGGAUUUACUGUACACAGAGAAUCCAGGACCACCUAAGCAUCACUGUCACUGCUUGUAUACAACCAAUAAUGUAAAGUUAGAUGAUCUUGAUAUUACCUUAGCUAGUUUGAUUUUACUGAAUUGCUGCAAUCUGACACCAAAUGAAGAGACAUUGAUAAAAGAACUAAGGAAGUUUAAGAACAACUACCUAAGCCACAACACCAAAGGUGCCAUAACUGAAAAAGAGUUCAGAACACUGUGGAAAGACUUAACAACAUGUGUCCUACAACUUGACCCCAGUAAACAAGAUGACAUCAUACGGAUACAGAACAGACCAUUGGACGACUUAUUGUGCAACAAGUACUUUGUUUGUCUCCUAGACAUUCACAAAAAGCUUGAAGAGAUUGACACCAGAAUACAAAACAUAGGGGCAACUACUGCAGACAUUCAUUCAACUUCAACAGAAAUACUGAGUACAAUGAACAUCAACAAUGCUGGGUUAAAGGCUGAAAUAAUGGCUAAACUAGAGGAAGUGUUACAACAGUUGAUAAAAAACCAAACUAAUAAACAAGUUGACCAACCAAAUAAGCCCUACAUACUAGGACAGUCUAUCUUUAUACUACAUCAUGAGAUAAACCUGACAUUAGAAGUUGGUGAUGACUUGGUAGGAUAUGUAUCAGAUAUGGUGAUGAUGGAUGAUGGUAGACUGGUGAUGUGUUUACCUUGGCAGCACAGACUACUGAUCUGUAAUACAGAUGGAUCACAGGCAGACAGUAUUCAUGUACAGGGAGGACCAGGGAGUGUUACAGCAGUCAACAACUCUACAGUAGCUGUUACACUGUAUGGUAGUAAAUGUAUAGAGAUGUUUGACAUAAACAAUAAACUCAAACUUAAAUCAAUAUCACUACCUGGAAUGUUGUAUUUGAUUGGCAUUACAACUAUAAACAACAAGUUAGUUGUAGGUGGUGUCAACAGACUACUGAUCAUAGAUCAUCAGACAGGAGAGGUGGUACAGACAAUACAGACUGACCGUCAUCCUGGCAGGUUACAGGGUUCUGGUGACAGAAUAUUCUACUGUGAUACCAACAACAACCUGUACUGGUAUAGUUAUACUGAUUACAGACAUCACACCCUAACAUUACCAUCACGAUCCAGCAGGAUGACUACACUACAAGAUGGCAGUCUGUAUGUGGUGUGUGAUGAUAGAUCAGUACAGCAUGUGUCAUCUGAUGGUAAACAGUAUAAAACUGUGAAGAAUAAAGGACUAAAAUCAAUACUCUUUGAUGGUAGUUUGUAUUACAAUUGCAAACAGAGAAAACUGGUUACUGGUCGUUCUAUUUCUAACAUAAAAAUUUUUCAUGAGAAGUAAAUCAGUACACAGUACAUUAAGUGUUUCUUGAUAUAAUUAGCAUAAAAACUAUAAAUAUUUCAUGAAUAAUAAUAAAAGGAAAUCUUGGACAUAUUCUAUUAGAAUAAGACAGCAACCAAACAACACAAGAAACCAAAAGCAAAUUUUCAUUUAAAUCCUGUAAUCUUAUCCUUUGAAAUUUUGAUUACACUAAUUUAGAUUCUGCAAGUGUUUUCAGAUAAGAUUCUUGUACAUGUAUGACUAUUAAAAAUAAAUAUAUUCUAUUAGAAAACAAAAUAUGUGUCUUGAAAAAUGUAUUGAGUAUUAUUUACAUUGUACACAUACUACUGCUUUAUGUUAUUCCUUUGCAUUAAAUAAAAAGUGAACAGUUGAAGGAAAUAUUAAAAUGGAGAUUUUAAGCUA